UUAAAGGGUCACCCACAACCUCUGUCCCAUCUCUGUCCAAGCUUGCUUUGAAGACUUGACUUGUGACUAGUAUCUUUGACCGUGUUGGUGUUAUCCAGCGAGUUAUCUUUGGGAAACUGCUUGUGUAAAAGCGAUGAAGAGUGCCACAGUCAAAGAGGGAGAUCGCAACAUGCCAACCCAGACUGGGCUCAAAGCCAGCUGGUUUAAAAAUGCAUGACAGGUCUGUAGUUUAAAAACCUGCGAGUUCCUCGGUGUACAAUGUGGAAGUGUCAAAGCGAGGCGGAGUACCUCGGUUCAGCUGAGUUUGCUCAUGAAUGUAGUGUACAAUUUUAAGAGUGGACACACUUUUGGUUACUAUGGGAGGUCGUCAAGGUCACUUUACCAAUGACAUAGAGUAGACCUGGUACCCUCCUAUCCAGUCAGCCCACCCCACCCCACCUCCGACCUGUGUGUGUCCUUGAAACUUUCCCCCCCAUUUCAGCCUGUCCUCGAUGUUCCUUAGACAGGCAGCUCACUUUAGAGCCUAAUUAUCCCGACCACUGUGAGAUAAUCACUUCUGACAGCAACCCCCAUCACCUCACAUCCUGUCCCAUCCGUCAGCAACUAACCAGGAGAGACCCGAAAUGACCCCCACCCCUCCUUCCCUCCCUGUCCUUUCUCUUGGCAUCUUUAACUUUAUUCCCCGUUCUUCUCAUGGGAACCGACCCCCGGCUCUCACGCUAACCCCGAACAGGUCUUGUGUAUUUUCUGUGUUGUGCAGUAUUUUAUUUAUUUUUUAAUUGUUUCUUCUUAUUUUUAGUUAUUAUAUUUUUACAAAUUGUUUUGAUUUCCAUGAAUGGGCGUGUGAGUCACUGUCACUCGGGAGAUGUUGUGAUACGAUUUAAUUUAAUAUGCAUUUUAUUAUUAUUCUUGGCAAGCAGCACGAUUUCUCCAAAAAGGUAACGUUCAGUUUGUCUAGAAACGCCUCUGUGUAUUUUCUCGGGAGCUGACAGGAGUUACAGCUAAUAAUAAGGACAAAAAACACAUGGUUAAUUAAUAUGGGCAUGACUAAUGAAGAUUUAAUGUAGGAAUUAUUUCAGGGUGGAUUGCAUUCCUGUUCCUCACCACGUCACUGCCGUAGGUUCAUGUGAUUCGCAUGAAUGGAUCAUCAUUUGAUUAUUUCACAGUUACUUUAUACAUGAAUCUAUAUACCACUAAAUUAGCUGGAAUCCACUGUUUUUUUAUCAAACUGUUAGUCAGAUAACAUUGACGUGUUGCUGCAGAAAUCAUGUCUUGUAUUGUUGGCAGGUCACAGUUGGAUCAGGUCAGUCAGUCGGUCCGCUUUGGUCCAAAUGCAAUAUCUCGGAUGGAUGAAACGUAUGGAUUACGUUGAACGAUGAAUCCUACUGACUUUGGGGAUCCUCAGACUUCCUCUAAUGCCACCAUCAGGACUAAAUGUUGGUGUGUCCAAUACUUUAAGGUAACAGAACUCAUCCCAUUCCCAUCCGCCUUAGAUGUACUUCAUGUUAAGCGCUGAUUAGCACUUAAGCUAGCUAACACGCUAAACUUAGAUGGUGAACAUGGUGAACAUUAUACCUCAUAAACAUUAGCAUGCUAGCAUUGCAAGCGUGUUAGCACCCUGACGUCAGCAUCGAGCUGGUAGACAGUAAAACAGCUUCAUAUUUCUAGUAGAACGGCUGCUGUUUGGCUUUCAGAGCGGCUGAUCACAUGCAUGGCUCUGAAAUGUCCUUUGCUUUUAUCCCUGUCCAAAGAAAACCAUGUAUAUAAAUUUGGAGAUUUUUAAUUUUCAAGAUACUUUAAUGGGUUGAGAGAAAUCUAUUUAUUACACUAAAUAAACCACUUAAAAGGUUAAUUGAAUUGGUGAAAAUGUGUGGUCACAGGGCAAGAAACAAGUUUUUCUUAGCCAUUUUAACGAUGCUGCUGUAUGUAAGUGGAUUCCAGCUAGUUCGGUGGCAUCUGAAUUAACGUAUGACGUAACCUUGAGUUCAUUAACUGAUGAUGCGUUGAGUGUACACUUACCUCAUAAACUCGCAGUGACCUGAUCAUAUUGAGAAAGAGGAAUUGACCCAUCAUGCAUCCAUUCAUGCAUCACAUCAUCAUGACUCAUGUUAUGUAUUAGUUAUGCAUUUACUUACUGCGUGUUUGUUCCUUGAUUAUAAAGGUGUUGCCCUGACUUUCCACCCUCAUGACGAAGCUGUUGAUCCUUUAGUUACCGUCGUGUUCGUUUGAAUGUCGAACACGAGUAUUUUGAUGCUUGUUAAGGUGGUCACAGUUUUCUCAAACACAAUUUCAUUUCAUUUAAGGUUCUUUCCUCGCGCAUCAUGACCGUCAUGAGACGGUGCAGCAGAUUGGGCACAUGAUGUGAGAGAGCAGACCGUGUUGAAUGUGUUUCUGUUGAAGGGCUCUAUACAUUCUGAGGUCUAUAUGGGGUUAUCGCCAGUCAAAUCCUCCUCCAACUCCCAAGUUCAUAAUGUUAAGUGUCCACAGUUCCAUCCUGUGGCUCACAGUUGUUAGUUUUCCGAGGGAGAAGCUGGGGGAGUUUUUUUUGUGUGGAAAAUAUCAAAUUGCAUGCAGGGAUGGAUAAGCACAGGGCUGUUGCCAUCUCAAUCCCUCUCCAAUUUGAGUCACACAGAUGUGAACAUGUGCGGAGAAUAUGUAGAGCAGUUGUUUGCUGCAGCAUAUGUGUUUGCAGGUGUGAGGACUCUGGGAAUAAGGCCACUAUUAUCAGUAGUUACUCUUAAAGGUGUUUUCAAAAAUCGCCACUGGCAACCAUGAGGAGCAGCUCAACACUUGGUUGUCAUGACCUAAAAUAGAUAAAAGGGAAAGUCAACAUUAUGUAUAUUAUGUCUGUAUGGAAACCUGCAAGUUCAGAUCCAAUCGUGUUUGAUGUCCGUUUGUAUGCUUUUUGUGUGUCAGUUCAGAGCAAGAGAAUAAAUUAAUUUAUAUAUUUUUUAGAAAAUGAAAGCUGUACUAUUAUUAAAAAAAAAAAAAAAAAAAGGACUGUGGCCAAUAAAGAGUCUUACACAACAGAAAUAAUCUCAAAGUCGAGAUCUGCACUCACUGCCUUAAAACAUUCAUAGGUUCUGUUUCACGGCUCCAAUCCGAGAAAAAUCAUAAAAAGGCUUUUUCGAGGAGGUUAAGGAGAAGACGGUGUACAGUAGACCCUUGUCAGUUUGUACAAAUAUACUAAGUGAGAAAAAAAAUAUUUAUUACCUGCAUUGGAAGACAUUGUUUACUUAUUGAAUGUUACCUGUUUAUGUAGAAAAGUUUAGAUGUAAUAAAAUGCAUUGUGCUAUUUCUUUGUGUGUUUUCCCUUAUUUGAAACGAUGGGGCCUGGAGGAACCUGUUACCAUUUGGAACAGCCUGUCACACUUAGAAAUAAACACUGGGUGGCAGUCGUUUCAUCCAACUUUUCCCCUGCUGUGAUGAUACUAAACCAUUUACGCACGCUCUGUCAGCUCUAGACGGUGCCUUUAUGGUUGUGACACUAGCUUUGUAUAACAUGAAUAUCUGCAAUUGUUAAAUUGCAUUUUUAUUUUGGGAUUUAAAGUGAUGGGGAAGCCUAACGCUCCGAGGAGCCUGCGUUACGCACCGGACUAAUGUGCGCCAAUAAACACCUCAACCCCGUCAUUCCUGUCAUGCUGUCAGAGCAGUGAUGUGAGAGUAUAUUGCGUGUUGAAGAGGAUAGGAGGGAGGAGAGGACAGCAGGGUGGGGUGGACACAGACGGAGUAGCCUAUGGCAUGGCAUCAUGUACUAAAGUGUCACUCCAAGAUCCAGCUCUAUUUGGACAGACAUGCUUUAUCUACUUUAAGUAUAGACUCCUCACUGACGAGAUUAUCUGUGUAAGUGUAGGAACGUGAGCUGCUGACAUUAUGAAUGAAGAAAAUGAGAGCGUUUGUUUGAACAAGUCACUGAUGGAGGGGGAGUGCUUCAGCAACCUGGAGGACAUCGACGUGACAGCUGACGGUAGCCCGGUUCUGAGAUUCCUCAUCUGUCUUGUUUAUUCUGUUGUAUGCGCUGCGGGUCUGAUGGGCAACCUGCUGGUCAUCUUCUUCAUCAGGGUCAAACAGGAGAGGAAGAAGUCCACAGUGAACUUCUUCGUGCUCAACUUGGCAGUGACGGACCUGCAGUUCGUGCUCACUCUGCCCUUCUGGGCCGUGGACACCGUGCUGGAUUUCAGCUGGCCGUUUGGAGACGCCAUGUGCAAAAUCAUCCUCUCGGUCACCGUGAUGAACAUGUACGCCAGCGUGUUUUUUCUCACUGCCAUGAGUGUGACCCGCUACUGCUCGGUCGCCUCGGCUCUGAAGAACAGAACCAGGCAGAAGUCCUGUCCCGCCAAAUGCACCUGCGCCAUUAUUUGGACACUGGCGACUCUGGCGACUGCGCCCACGUCCAUUUUCUCCACUGUCAGCAACGUAACUGGAGAAAAACUCUGUUUGCUGAGGUUUCCUGGUGGUCAGUACUGGUUAGCAGUCUAUCACAUACAGAAGAUACUAGUUGGCUUUGUGUUGCCAAUGUCCAUCGUGUCCAUCAGCUACAUAAUGCUGCUGCGUUUCAUUCGCAAUCGGAGUAUGAAAACAAGCAACCCCAAACGGAGAUGCCAAGUCACAAAAUCCAUCACCAUCGUCGUGUUGUCCUUCUUCCUGUGCUGGAUGCCGAACCAUGCCAUCACCUUGUGGAGCGUGCUGGUCAAACUGAACGUUGCAAACUGGGACAAAGCCUAUUACAUAGUCCACACAUAUGUGUUCCCAUUGACCGUCUGCUUGGCUCACACCAACAGCUGCCUGAACCCGAUUAUUUAUUGCCUCAUGAGGAAGGAAUUCAGGAACAAACUGAGAAGUCUGAUAUACAGAGGAUAGUUUCGGAGCUUUGAGAAUGAAGUGAUGACAAAGCGCAAAGUGCGCACUGUAAGACAUAUGGGCCUGGAGUGAGAGAGCAGACCUGUCACAAGGCACAAUGAGAACAAGGACCAUCAUUUCAGGACUCUUUACUUCAUUCUGCUCAUUGAAAAGUGGGACUUGCAUCAGCGCUUCUUGUCUGUAAGGGGUUGCGUAAUGUGGUACAUUUCAAUACAGAAACAGUUGUAGCUGGUUUUGGGCUUUACGCGUAAUUGCUAAGUUUGUGUGAGAAUUACAAUGCGCACUGUUGCUUUGCGUGUUAAAUCACCAUUAGGUGUGUUGUGUGUGUCUCUAGGCUAAAGUAAGUGACUGUGUGCGUAAUUGCGCAUUAGUGUGCUCGCAUAAUAAUUGAACUGAACUGCGCUUUUAGGCUUUUCUGUGAAUGUUUUUGUAACCAGUGCUUGUCCAGGUGUGUUUACCAGAGAACCCCGGCUGGAAACACCCCCCCUCCACCAUCACAGCUCAUGUGUUUAAGUUAUUGACUACAGGGACAAAAUCAAUGGUUUGGACACUUAAGACAACGAACUGUGUGAAAUAUGAUUGUUGUAA